GGUGCUUUUUCCCCGCCAUCCCACCGUUCCGAUCCGACUGCUGCUUCUCUUUCCAUUUCUACGCCGGGUCCGUGCGUAUUUCUUCUUCUCCCAUCACUCUCGCCCAGCCAGUCACUCGUUCACCGCAACACGCCACGCCCCUUCUCAUUCGCCACUCAGCCCGCCGUAUCCCCCAUAGACGGCCAGAUACACACUCGCUACUCGAACCAGUCACCCGUCAACGACGCCAUGGCCAAACCUACCCAUGCCAGAGGGCACAUUUACUCUCUCGCCGAGGUCGCGAAGCACAACACUCGCGUCUCAACGCUCUGCACUUACAACGGCAAAGUCUACGACCUUACCUCUUUCCUCGAUGACCACCCCGGAGGAGACGACAUCAUCCUCUCCUAUGCCGGCCAAGAUAUAGGUAAGGUUAUGAGCGACGAGGAUAUUCACCAGCACUCUAGGGCGGCUUAUGAGAUGCUCGAAGAAUUUGAGGUGGGAGAGUUGGGUGGCGGAGAAAAGAUUGUUUCGGAGGACUGGGUUUGCGAUGAAAACUUUCAACCCUCUGACACGGAUCUUCUUUCCGACUACAACCUUAACAAAUUCAUUGACUUGACAAAACCUCUUCUCAUCCAAGUUUGGCACGCCCCUUGGACCAAAGAGUACUACCUCUCCCAAGUCCACGAGCCGAGACAUCUCAAAGAGAGCGCCAGGUUGUUUGGAAGUGAUCUGCUGGAGCCGUUCACCAGAACACAAUGGUGGGUCGUGCCGAUGAUUUGGUGGCCUAUCGCUGGUCUUAUCGGAUGGUUGUCUAUGUUGCAAUUCACCGACUCAUCGAUCACCGCCAAGUCCAUCCUCACCUAUCCUCUCCCCUCAUCCAUCCCCGUCCCUUCCUUCGCCGCUCUCGGCUAUUUCUCCCUCUGCUUCGCAUUCGGCGUCUUCAUCUGGACCAUUCUCGAAUACAGCAUGCACCGAUUCCUCUUCCACCUUGACUACUACCUCCCCGACACAAGAUGGGCUAUCACCCUUCAUUUCAUGCUCCAUGGUGUUCACCAUUACCUUCCGAUGGACAAACUGCGGCUCGUCAUGCCCCCCUUGCUGUUCUUUGUCCUUCAAACGCCUUUUACAAAGCUUGCGCACAUUGUCUUCCCCAAGGCCAUUGCCAAUGGUAUCAUCUCGGGCGCGUUUGCCAUGUAUGUCGUUUACGACUUGGGCCAUUAUGCGCUACAUCACACCCGUCUCCCAGCUUACCUUCGUGAAAUGAAGCGAUAUCAUCUCGCUCAUCAUUACAAGAACUUUGAGCUCGGUUUUGGCGUUACCAGCAAGAUGUGGGACUAUGUCUUUGGGACCGUUUUGCCUACCACGACCAAGUGAGGGCAAAGGAAAUUCACUUUGGAAGGGGAGUAGAGUUCUGGAGAGGAUAGAUUUAUGUUUAGUAUUGCAAGCUGUUUAAAAAAAUCUAAUAGGAGAGAGAGGACACAGUUCGCAUCUUUUUAGCCUGCUCAAAAUGUCUUUCAUUGCAUUUUUCGCAUUUUUAGUCACUUCAUUUAAUCUUUUACUUAGAACGCCCAAAUUGAUCUUGCAUGUAUGUAUUCCUUUCUCACCAAAAAAAAGACAUGACUUUGAAACUGGGAAUAAAAAGGGAUGAGAAAAUUGGCAAAUGCAUAGAAAGAGAUG